AAACGUGACUAUGCUGUAAGUGCAGGAGGUCUUCAGCCUCUGUACCCAAUUGCAUUUUAAGCCCUGUAGUAGUAAUUUCAGGCAAGAUCGUCUCUGUAUGGCCCCAAGUAUCGCUAUGUCUACAUUACCAAUUGGCUUGAAAGCUGAAGAUUCUUCACGUGGUGUCAUCGGCGGCAGGAGCGAGAUGCAGACCAAUCUGAACAUGUCAAGCGAAGAGGAGACGGAGAAGCCAAAAGUUGCAAUUCUUCCCUUUAGUGUCGAGGCUCUCAUGGCUGAUCGGAAACCCAGCAGAGACUUGUCAGCUUCUGAUGGGACGCCUGUCGCGGGGACAUCCCAUGCCCUGAGUCCAAGAAGGGGAUCGCUAAGUGGAACAGAAACUGCGGUUUCGCCGUUAGGUAUGGGCUCGCCAUUUUCAGUGGGAGGAAUGAUGAAAAUGCAGGAAGACGCACUUGUCAAAUCAGAAAGCCCAGACAAACAAGACAGAACUUCUUGGAUACAAAGUCCUCGGUUCUCGCCUCCUCCCGCAAGAAGACUUAGCCCGCCCGCCUGUCCCUUGAGAAAACAUAAAACUAAUAGGAAACCGAGGACCCCCUUUACCACAUCGCAGCUCUUGGCACUGGAGAGAAAGUUCCGACAGAAGCAGUACCUGUCAAUCGCCGAGCGGGCCGAGUUCUCUAGUUCCUUGAACCUGACUGAAACCCAGGUCAAGAUCUGGUUCCAGAACCGGCGGGCAAAAGCCAAACGCCUACAGGAAGCAGAACUGGAAAAGCUGAAAAUGGCAGCCAAGCCGAUGCUGCCCCCAGCAUUUGGGAUUUCGUUUCCCCUCGGCGCCCACGUCCCAGCAUCGUAUGGAGCAUCGCACCCUUUCCAGAGGCAUACCUUACCGGUGUCGCCCGUUGGACUGUAUGCCGCACAUGUUGGAUACAGCAUGUAUCACCUGGCCUGAAGAGCAAGGCCGCGCUUAAUAGGAGCUCUUGCCGAAGAUUUCAAGCUCCGCCAGCAAACAGGAGUGCGUGGGGAAAAGAGACUCAAAAGUGUCGUAUCUCCAAUGUGUAAUAAUUGGACCAGUAGUCUAAUGCGGGAAAAAAGUAAUAUAAAGCGAAACUCAUUUUGGCUCGAGCAGGUAAUAUAUUUUGGCAAUUGCACACCUGUACUAACGAUGCCAUGCCUGACCAUGCCGUAUCCGAUCUUGUAUCGAGAAAACACGGAAAAACAAUUAAACUAGAAACCCGCAGGCGUCUUAUACGGCUGACGUUUUAUAAUACCACUGUCUUUAAUGGCGUUGUGCCCGAACAGGCCUUAAUCCCCCAAAUAGCUUGUGCUUUCACCACUAAUUAAGGUAAUUAUUACACUCUAAAUCUAGAAAGGGUCAAGCAAUUUUAUUUGCAUUCUUAACAUGCAAGAAAAAAGUGUGGGUUUCUAAAUUUGAUAAGCAGCUGUUUGCUCUUUCGUAAACCAUAGCAUUUUUAAUUUAACAGCACUGUCUGUUUAAUAACUGUUCCCUUCGAAAGGGAUUUGUGUACUGUAAUAUACUGUAUAUUUGAAAAUAUCAUCAUUUAUAUUAUGAAUAUAUUUCUUAAAUAAAUUAACAAUAAAAAAUUUA